AUGACAACACUUGUUGAGAAGCCACCAGCAAAUCGGGAACAGCCUAGAAUUAUAUAAAAACCAAUAAUAAUCUCAAAACCUUCGAGAGACAACUACUUUGAGCAGCAGAUCGAGUAGAUUAAUGAACAAGUUACUGGGAUCAAUAAAAUAAUCAACUCACAAUAAUAGAGUUAUGCAUUGCAAUUAGCUAAUGAAUAAAAAAUAUGUGAGCUUACUGACGAAAUUACACUUAUAAACUAGCUAUAAAACUCCCUAAAGGAGCAAGUUUAAAGAUUGCAAGAUUAGAGUAGAAUAAACAGCAACCUUGAAUCUAUUGAGUAAUAAUAUAAUUAAAGAAGUGGCUCCAAAGCUAACGAAAUGACUACUCUUGAGUUAGUAGAGCAACGUUUAAACGAGCAUAAAGAGACAACAGCUAAGAACUUUUCAGAAGUGAACGACAACUUCAAAAAGUUUAGGGAACAAAUACUGCAUUCAUUCUAAAAUCUUUAAACUGAGAAUAACUUUCAGCAUGAAAACAUUAGAAAUUCUACUAGUCAAAACUUCUAUAGUAAAUAAGACAUCACUAGUAUGCUAAAAAAAAUUUAAUAAAAAAUUAAUGGCUUAUAUAAGAUAUAAACAAACACAAACAUUGAUGUGUCUUCAUAACUGACCUAAGGAUAGAAAAUACGUAGAACUAAUAAAUCUACUCUUCAUAGCAUAUAAAAAACAAACAGUGUAAUAAAUCAUACUGAUAGAGAAUUUGAUUCGUCAAUGGGAUUGUUCGUUAUCAACAACUCAUAAAUAGGAUAUAAUCCUGGUGAAUCAUUUGAAAAUUAAAUUAGAAAAGCGUCCAGCCUAUUUAGGGGGUCGACUGAGACGAUAAACAACGGUAGCAACAUGAGUCAUUAUACUAUAUAGGUUAAAAAUGGUGCAAAUGGGAAUCCCUAAAACGGAGUUAACAGUUACAUGAGGGAAUAUACUAAUGCUCCAAUUAAUGAAAAUGCAUGCGGAGAAGAAAGAGACCAUAUCACUAGUCUUGAGAAACCUUACCCAAUGUUUCAUAACUUUAAGGGCCAAAACCUCCUUGAUGCUAGCAAUCGUAUGUCGAAUUCUUAAAUAAAAGUGAAUUCAAUGGAUAGUAGAGGUGGUAUAUUUGGAGACUUAAAGCUCAAGGUUAACAUAGGAGAUCGUAAUAGGACUCCUAAUAGACUUUUGAUAGAUAAACUAAGAACUAACAGGAAGAGCAUUGCAAUGAAUGAUGUUGUAAUUAAUCAGACGUUCAUCUAAAAUACAAGUUUUAAUCAAACUAAUCAAACAGAUAGAAUCAACAUCAAUACCCAAAUACCAAUUAAGUCACCAAGACUUAAUAAUUAGUAUCAUGUUCCAUCAUAAUAGGUAAGGUUUAGAUAGCAAAGUGACAUAAAUUUAUAGAGGAAAAUGCAACAAAACAACCAUUGA